GUCGAUCAUCGAUCUAGGUUUUGUCACAACUGGGUUUGAUUUCAGAUACAAUCGUCGAUGAAAUGUCUCCAACGAAGGUCAGGGCUGUUCGGCGAAAGAAAAUACAAGAGGAGUAGCUCAGAUAGUGAAGUUGUUCCUGAAGAUAACUCCUCAGAGGACGAUGAGGAGGUGAUUGUUGUGAGGGAGAAGGUUAGAAACUACAAAAGGGGAUGGAAGGAUGUAUAUCUACUGCAAGAGAGUGACAAAGAAGGUGAAGAUGAUGAUGAGCAGGUUGAUGAUGAGCAUGAUGAUGAGCAGGUUCAUGAGGAGCAGGAUGAUGAGCAGAAUGAUGAGGGUUUAGGUUAUGAGGAGUACGAUGAGGAGCCUGGGGAGAGCGAGAAAGGUGUUGAUAGUGAUUAUUUAGACUCUUCUGAUCCAGGAAGUUACAGGGAUAGUACAGAUGAGGAUCCAGAGGUGCGGGAUGAUGCAAUUAGAAAGAGAAGCAGAUUUCCAUCAUACAAAAAGGUGAAAGGUAUUCUGAAAUUUGAGCUUAGCAUGUUGUUCACUAGUAAUAAUGAGUUUAAGGAUGCUGUUAGCAAUUAUGCUAUAAUGACUAGGAUUGACAUUCGAUUCAGUAAAAAUGAACCUAGUAGAUGUAGAGCCAAAUGUAAGGGAGCUACUGAUUGUCCAUGGUUGAUAUUUGCAUCAUAUAGUAGACAAGUGGAUAGUUUUCAAGUAAAGACCUAUGUCAAUGAACAUACAUGUCAACCAAAAAGGGGUUUAAAGUGGUUAACUACAAAGUACAUGGUGAAGAGGUUCUAUGGCUUUAUUGCUGCCCACCCAGACAUAAAAAUUAGAUAUCUGAAACCCUUUAUGGAACAAGCUUUGGAAUUAGAUGUGAGCUUAGGCCAAUGUAAAAGGGUGAGGAAGACUGUAUUAGCUGAUUUAACGGGUAGUUGUGUAAAGGAAUAUGCACAAUUAAGGAAUUAUGCUGAGGAGUUGAUGUUGUCUAACCCUGGAAGUACUGUCUCAUUGCUUACUGAUAGGCAAGAUGAGAAUGGACCUGCUCCAUUCAAAGCAUUCUAUUGUUGUUUUAAGGCAUGUAAGGAGGGAUUUAUGAAAGGUUGCAGACCAAUAUUAGGAAUUGAUGGAUGUUUUUUAAAGGGAUUAGUUAAAGGGGAAUUAUUGACAGCAAUAGGCCGUGAUGGGAAUAAUCAAAUGUUCCCAUUAGCUUGGGUUGUGGUACUGGUUGAGAACACUGAAACAUGGACUUGGUUUCUGAAUUUGUUAAAGCAUGAUUUAGGUACUGCUGAAGGUGAACUUUGGACUCUGAUAAGUGAUAGACAAAAGGGCUUGGUUGCUGCUGUAGCUGAUACAUGGCCAAAAGCUUAUCACAGGUUUUGUUGUAGGCAUUUGUAUGCAAAUUGGUGUAAGAAUUAUCCAGGCAGACAUCUUAAGCAUCUCUUCUGGCAGCUGGCCAAAUCAACCAAUAUGUCUGAUUUUGAGCUUAACUUCAAGGAGAUUGAGAAGGUGCAUCCAGCUGCUGCAAAGGAUUUGAUGCUUGUGCAUCCUAAGUAUUGGAGUAAGGCAUACUUCAGUCCAUGGUGUCAAUGUGAUUCAUGUGACAACAAUCUCUGUGAGGCAUUCAAUGGCACUAUUGUGGAAGCUAGGAGCAAAAGUAUAAUUUCAAUGCUUGAGGAUAUUAGAAGGGCAAUGAUGAGGAGAAUUAGGGACAAGAAGUUGGGAGUAAAUUCAUGGAAGCAAGAAUAUGGACCACUUAUUCAUAGAAGGUUGAUAAAAAAUGUAACAGAUAGCCAUUUAUGGGUGUGUGAAUGGAAUGGAGGAGGAAGUUAUGAAGUGAAAAAUGGGAGAAGUCAAUUUGUGGUGAAAUUGAGGGAUGGAACCUGCACAUGUGGGGCAUGGCAGAUUUCUGGAAUUCCAUGUCCCCAUGCAUCCCGUGCUACGCAUGCCAAUGGUGAAAAACCUGAGGAUUAUCUUGCACUUUGGUACAGGAAGGAGACAUACUUGAGAGCAUAUCAGGUACCAAUUGAACCAAUUAGAGGGGAGAACAUGUGGCCGAGGAGUGAGCAGGACCAUUUACUACCUCCUAAGAUGAGGAAGAUGCCAGGGAGACCGAAGAAAAAGAGGAGAAGGGAACAACAUGAGACUGUCAACAAAACCAAAUUGACACGAGAAGGGAGGAUUAUGACUUGCAAAGUGUGUAAGGGCAAGGGGCAUAAUGCUAGGAAUAAGGCAUGUCCUGGUAGGAUGACUUCCAGUAGCCAAGUUAGUGGCUUAACUUCAACAAAUGAACCAAGGAUGACAAGGCAAACAAGUCAAGCAUCCCAAACAAAUGAACCAAGGAUGACAAGGCAAACAAGUGCAGCCGUGGCCUCAAUGCAGGGAGGAUCUAAUGAACCAAUGCAGGGACAACCUAGCAGGACUAGGCAUGUCAGUCCUUUUCACAGGGAAUGCAGGCCAAAAACCAAGCCAAAAAAGAGGACAUUAUUGACUGGUCUGGGUCUCUACAUUAAUCCUAAUACAGGUCGUUCAAUCCUAAACCCUGGGACUUCUAUGUCAAGGGUAAUUGACCGUGGAAGUGAGAAUAUGAAGAACAAGAAGCAUGGAGUUGAUAGAGGGUCAUCUCGUGGGCAAAUAUGAUGUUGCUGGCAUGUUUUUGUUGUGUCCAUCUCUGUUUUGAUUUAUGUGUAUGUUUUGUUGUUGAUGUUGGAACUGUUUAAUCAUAUUUUGUAGUAUUUGAGGAUGGCUUGUGUAAUGGAUCUAUUGGAAUCAUGUUUAUGCACUGAAUCUAUUUGACUCAUUUUUAUUAA